CGUCCAAGCCAUGAAACAGAAAGAGGAGUUGGUGACGCUGGAAAAACGGAUGGACUUCUCCAAGGUCAACCCUCUUCCUCAAUUCAGCCAGGGUCGCUGGCUCCUUCACGAAGGAGAACUCCGGCAGGUCCUAGUCCAAGAGGCCGGAUUCGGCUACCGGCCCCAGGUCAGCAUGAAGACCAUUUAUCUGCACCUGUUCAACGACUUGCUGCUGCUUUCUCACCUCAAGGAAGACGGGCGCUUCUUGGUGACGGACUACGCCUGGACUGCUCACGUCAAAGCUGAGCUUUUCAGAGCAAAAUCCUUGGGACUCCCAGAAUGGAGCUUCUACCUCUCCCUGGCCCAGAACCACAGAGAGGAAAGCAGAGAUCUGGUCCUCAAGGCAGGCAGCGAGGCCCAGAGACAAGACUGGAUUUCAUGGCUAACAAGCCACUGAAACCUCGAGGCAGGAAUUUCCCAGGAGUUUCCAUCUGACUCCCUACCUCCGCUAGGCCUGGAUGCUUCCAAUGAGCAAAGGGGACAUCUUAAAUCGGAACUACCCACGGAAGACU